CUCGAUGCUACCGCUUUUGGAUUAUCAGUGCUUUGCUUGAUACUCGAUCAUGGCCAUUUCAAAUCAACGCUGGCAUUCGAGAUUGGACAACUAUGAACGUGGACUCCGAGAUUUUGGUGCACAUCUCCGCACCCGCGACGCGGGGAAACGAUGACCUUUACCGCAACUUGACUGAUGCUUAUCUUGGUUUUGAGCCAUAUACAGCUGAAGGAUUUCAGAAGCGUCGAAAUGAAGCCGGAGAUGCGGGUGUCGCAAAGCUAGACCUUACUCAAGCGCCACCGCUCGCGAGCAGCCAGCAGAGCAGCCAUCCGCCUUCUACAGAUCCGGGGAAUACGACUUCGAGCAAAGACUCUUAUGGCAGUUUCCCCUCUCACGUAGCCUCGGCAGAUCGCUCCGCAAGCCAGGAAGAUGUUGCAAUCCUUGGUUCUUUCGGCACGAUAGAAGAGUCUAUCCUGUCGACAAGCAGACUGGGCCGGCUCGAACGCAUUCAAGCCAGAUGGCGGGAGACAAGAGGCUCGGAUUCGAGCUUUCUCCGUGACCGGGGGCGUAUUGGAGCUCCCGUGUCUUCCGGGGCCAAUGGCGACAUGUUCAUCGAAAACACGCAACUGGCCGCUCAAGCCAUCGAGAGCCAACUUUUCGAUGAGUACUCCACGACCUCAGAAGAUACUUCAGAAUCUGAUGUGGAUGCGGCUACCGACACCGAAAUUCCAGCUUCGUUGAUCAGGAAUGAAGACUUAGCUCCUAAGCGUCCUGUGGCGGAAAGUCUUUGGAGACGUUCACAGAAACUCAUCUUCGCGGAAGAGCCUGAAGCAAAGCUGGUAUCUACGUCAGAGAUCCUCGAAGCAGCUACGCAAGACUGCGCUACCACAGACACCAAUUCAAGUCUCGGCGAUCUCGAGAAUUCUGUACCACCCUUAGACUUCAGCAGACUCCCUUCCGAAGUUUGCCCUCCGGCCCCGAAGAUCACCGUGCUAUCUCCCGCAACCCUGCCUUCCCAAGUGACCAGGCAUCUCGAAACACUAAAACAGCAAAAUCCGCAACGAUUCAAGCCCUCCAAACGACUGCGGACCUUGGAUACCGACGAACGGGGACAUUGGUUGAUUGAUUGCGCUGGUUGGGCCCGCAAGGUUCAGUAUGAAUUCUGGAUAUCCCUCUGCGAUGACAUUCGCAGCGGAAAGCUCGGUUGGGGCGUGACUUUGCAUCGAGAUUCUAGGCGCCGUCAUGGGCUUGGUCAGGCUCGUGUCUAUUGCUGGGGCGAGGUUGUGGAGCACGUUUGGCUGUCAUUGUGGCUUUGCUCAAAGGGGAAGAUAGUCAGUUCGGGCUCACGAUGGCUUGACGCGGAGGAUGAGAUGGUGAUUGAGAUGGCUUGAGGAUGACAGUGGAACCCACGGAUUGUUCGGGCCUAGUCCACACUGCUAGGGGAUUCUAUGCUACAAUCGAUCUGUUCAUAAUGGCAAUUCUCUCGGGAUUCCGCG